CGAGGUUGAAAAUGUCAUUGACUGGCUAGGAAAAUGGCGGCCAACAUGCGUAAUGCGACAUGCGCGAGGACAGAAACUUCAAAGCUUCCGACGUAAGUGGCCCUUCUAUAUGGAUCUUUAUUCUAUGGUUUUGUUCCUAAUCCUAGAAAUAAGAAAUUAGAAUGUCUGCAGAUUGUCCAGGGUUGCAGCUCAUGAAGCAGAGAAUAUCUGGUUUGUUAACGGAAGAAGGAACAAGAAUGGGUUUAAGUUUUAAACCUCGUUCGGACGACGUGUUCGUCGUCACUCCAGGGAAAACCGGCACGACAUGGAUGCAACAAAUUCUCCAUCAGUUGCGAAGUGGUGGCGAUAUGUCGUUUGAUAAUAUCAGCGAUGUCGUCCCUUUUAUCGAGAUGGCUUACGAUACCGGCAAAAUAGACCUCGAGGCUGAACACAGCUAUCAACCACGGUAAGAUACUGAGCUAUUUAUACAUUUCAUACCGAAACCGCCUAAUUAACGUCGAGAAAAUUCUAGAUUUCGUCCCCGAUGACGCCAAUGACUCGUAUAUUGGCAAAAUGGCAGAUUGCGUUUAUAUUCCGCACAGAAGUGUUGUGUUAAGGACAAUGGAAAAUCCUCCGGGGGAGGUGAAAAGACCGCAGAAAUCCAGGGCUGAGGUGAUUAACUCUUUCUCAACAGGCAUAUUCACGUGAUAAAUUAGUGCAAUUUGAUUUAAAGCCAUUAUCCAGGGGUAUCUGGCAAUGAAUUCCUAGGAAAUUCCAGGGAAGGGUCAUAUAAAGAGGGGCCUGUACCGGUUUUGUGGGAUGGCGGGAUGCGUCCAAAAUUCAAGUGGGAUGCGGGAUUUUAAGAGAAAUAUUGGCGGGAAGCAGGAUUUUAUUCCAUCGCGGGAAGUGGGAUUAAUAAAAAUAUCAUGGCGAUAUGCGGGAAGUUGCAGCCGUACGUUAGCUGAUCUGUUGUCAUUUGUUUGUGUGCUCGAAAUUUACUGUUCUCAAGGAUCGAUGAUAUCGAACAUUUGUCCCCCAUCAAUCCCCCAUUUACAUGUAUGAUUGCAGGGGCGAAACUAACCCCUUUUAAUUUGGGGGGGGGGGGUCUUCCAGAAUUGCCCUGCCAAAACUGCUGAUGCCCUGCAGCAAAUUUUUAUUUCUGGCCACUAUUUUCCCAAAAAAGUUGGGAGUGGGUGGGGGGGGAUUGAAAAUUUUUUCCGGAUAAAAGGGUCGAAAAAUUUUUCUGGACAUAAAACUGUUAAAUUAAGGGUCAAAAAAUUUUUCCGUACAAAUUGCUGGUAAAUCCUUAUUUUUGGACCAGUAUCUGUAAAAUUUAGGUCUACAAAUUCUAUUCCGUUCCCUCUGAAAGUCCUGUAAGUUAUUUAAAAACCCUACAUUCUAUCAUUUAAAAUCUUUGAUUGCCCUGCCAAUCCAGAUGAUUUGCCCUGCCAAUCCAGAUGAUUCACCCUGCCGUCCAGAUGAUUCGUAUAUUCGGUUGGGAUGGCAGGAUUUCUAAACCCGGUACAGGCCCCUCUAUAAACUGAAUUCCAGGGGGUCACAAGUUAGCUCGACCCUCCCUGUGCAAAAAAAAAUGCAAAAAUGCAAUCUGCCAUUCUAAUUUGCAUACAACCCACUUCGUAAAUCAUUCCAAAGCAACACAUCCACAUUAAAAUUUCCACCUACGGGUCAGUAUAUGUAAUAUAGUAUAUAGUUUAUUAUGUCAUGCAUAAAAUAUAUAUUUUAAAAUGAAAUUUACUUGCCUAUUUGAUAGUGUGUGUUCUCCUUUUAUUCCUCUUUUGUUGGACUAAUAUCGAGACUUUGUACUAGAUGCGUGGUUGCGGCUGCUUCUAGUAUUGAUAAUACAUGAUAUAUAAUAUAUGAUAUUAAUUAGUAUACAUGAUACAUAAUACAUGACAUUAUGUAUCUACUCUGUGUUAUCGGUUUAUGACAUGUUUCGUUCUCAUUCUUAGAUGUUACAAGACGCACGCAUGGUAUCCAGCGUGUCCGAAGGGUGCUAAAUACAUCGUUAUUUACCGUGAACCAUGUGCAGCUUUCUACAGUCUCUUUAACUUUCUUAAAGGUUGGAUGUUUCAACCUGGGGAAGUUACACUUUCCGAAUUUGUGACAGAUUUUGUGCUCCAUAAAGGAGUGCCAAAAAACAUCACAAACUUUGCAUCCGAUUUUGACCAUUUGGUCAGCUGGUGGGAACAUAGGUAUGCAAUAAAGAUGCGACACAGCUAGUCUAACCUUGAGGAGGCUGUGUUACGUGAAGCAAUCUUUGCAGGGCCUUUCUUAAGAAUCUGUCCAUUGGGGGGGGGGGGGCAUUACCGAAAAAGGACCAUAUACUAUAUACUGAAUGUGGCGAGAUGAUUGACAGAUGCAUGGUUGGUGACAAAAAGUUUGCAUGUUGUGGUGUUGUAUGGUUAUUGUAAGGGGUCUUAGGGCAUUUUCCCACAGAAAUGUUUUUGUAUUUUUCCACCUCUUUUGUGCAUUUUCUGAAACAGAUUUUUGGAUCAACAGCAUUACAUUGUACUGUAGAUAGACUGAAUCUUCAGUUAAGUACUUGUAUGGUAUAUUUAUGUAAAUACCACAACUCGGUCACUAACUUGUUUAGCCUAGCCUUCCAACAACUCAAAUCUAUAGGGUCUGAGAUAUGCUAUCCAACAUCAUUACAACACAACGUUUAGCAUUUUUAAAAAGACAUUGACAGCUAGAAAGAGCAUGUUAAAAUUAGGAAAAUUGCAAAGUUUGGCCGCGAAAUGUUGUAAAAUGCGGAAAAUAUAGCCCUGCGGAAUUUUCAAAUUAAUUUUGUAUUAAUUUGUAUUACGUGCGGGAAAAUGCACCUGCACAUUUGCCUGAUUUGGGUCGAAAGUGCCAAAGUAGUCCAUUUUCCCGCGCGUAAUCAGAAAUUAAUACAAAAUUUGCAAAUUUCGCAGGGCUAUAUUUUCCUCAUUUUACAACAUUUCCGUGCAACCAAACUUUGCAAUUUUACUAAUUUUAAGAUGCUCUGUCUAGCUGUGGUGAUGGAUUUCGUUCUUGCCUAGCCUACGGUGUAGACCCCAGCAGAAAUUGGAAAACGAAACGUGUUUCUGCUGGGGUCUACACCGUAGGCUAGUUCUUGCCUAGAUCAAAAUUUAGUCUGUAGCUGCAGGAAGCAUCCAUCGUUUUAAAAAAGUUCUGACUUGUUUGCCAGGCAUGAUUCGAACGUGUUGUUCCUGUUCUUCGAGGACAUGAAAGAAGAUUUAGAAAGUGUGGUGAAGAAGGUUGCAGCAUUUAUGGGAAUUCAAGACGAAGAGAGGAUUAAAAAGGCUGUGGAAAUGAGCUCAUUUGAAUUUAUGAAGGGAUACGUAUCAACGAAAUUUUCGUUACGCGAGGCACGUUAUCGAAAUAAAGCUUGUGGCGUGCCUGAUGAUGCCAUGUCCGUGUUGAUUGCGACAGGAUCUGCAACGAAAGGGCGAGAGAUGAUGGAUGAUAAAACCAAAGAAGCAAUUCAGGCGAAAUGGCUGGAAGUAGUUGGGAAACAGACUGGAUUUCAAGAUUACAAUGAGUUAAGAAACGCAUUCAAAAAGGAAGAGAAUCAAAUCGUAUUAUAAUUGAACCGCAAUUCACGGUCAGAAAGCUCGGAUUGGUAGGAAUGCAACUACCUCAAAAAUACAGAGGGCUCUCCGCUCGAAACGUCGAAGUUCUCCUUGUUUUUUUCCACUGAAGUACUUGCAUCCCUAUCAAUCUGAAAGUUUCUUAUUAUUGCCGUUUUAGGGCCUGUUCAUAUGAUCCCGCUUACCGGGACGUCUCGCUUACCAAUGAUCUCGCCGCCUAUCUAUUUUCCUAUAAAAUUUUGCAUUGUGUUCAUAUGGGAAAGCGAGCUGGCCCGCUUGCCGAGAUCUCGUUUGAAUUUGCCGAGAUCAUAGGUAGGCGGGAAGAAAAUUUUUCCAUAUGAACACGCCAGCCCGCUUACCGGGAUGAAGUGAAACAAGUCUUGCCGGUUUAAUUUAACACUUUUUACUUGGUUUUAUGUUUGUUUUGUAAACAAGUAUUAAAUAACCACCUGAAGCAAUAUACUUUUUCUUGUAAAUAAACGAAGAAAAACACUAAAAUCGCCAAGUAUCUGUGUUGCUUGACUGAAAUGUAGAAGUUUUGCAUACGCUAAUUAUAGAACUAC